UUUGGUCUACAGGCCACGAGGAGGGCGUGCAUUUAGCCCGUAUUAAACCCCGCAACUGGCGACAACGAGGCCUCUUUAAGCGUCCUUUAACGGCGCGACCAUCAUGUCCUCGCGACCCCCUACCCCCGACUCGCCCAUGGCGAAUAGCCUACGGCGUGCGACCAGCACGAUAGACGACCUGACGCUCGCUCUGGCCAACUUCUCUCGCGUCGCGUCUCCAGAUCUUCCCAAUACUGCGCUUUGCUGCUGUGGAAAGGAGGACUGCGAGACGAGCAUUGCCUGGGCGCAAUGGAAGGCGCAAAUGGAGAGCAAGCUUGUGUUGAGCGCAGAGGUCGGGCAGGCUCUUCUGGAGAGGCAUGAGGCGUAUGUACGCCGCCAUGAGGCAGCCGACCGUUCGACAACCACACGAUUCGGCGAACCAAGGUCUGCUGAAGAGCACGUCGACGCGAGGGUGGCAGAGUUGGUGAAAGAGAACGCUGUCCUAGAGAAGCGUCUCACACAAGCACUGGUCAACAGUGAAGCAGUGGAGUCAUCUCAGAGAAAUGCGCUCGAACAGCUACAGGAAGCACGCAGUACAAAUAAGCGUCUCACUGCCCAGCAUGCGCGUUCGGUUGGUUGGGAGAACCGGCUUGCAGUAGCACUGCAAGAUAAGGACGACCUUCAACAAGAACGUGAUAGCGCCGCGCAAAGGGCGAAGUUGGCAGAAGCGCGGAUUAACACGCUGAAGGACAAGUGUGCUAAGCUGCAGGCUCAGAAUGCGCGACUUCGCGAAGACCUAGAUAUGCAGCGAGUGCAUCGACAUGAGUUAUCCGAGGACAUCCUCUCCGACGCUCGGCAGCGGCUCGCACAGCUACAGCAGUCGCAACUCGGACAUGCCGGGACACUAGAUGAUGCUGAAGUGACCAAAGUGCUCGAGUCACUGGUCGCCGACAAUGAAGCCCUGAAGCGGGAUAACGCAGAACUCCGAAACCUACUGGCUGAGGCUCGUGAGGACCUGCGGUCUCUGCAGGAAGAGGUCGAGGAACGAAGAGCGGGUGAUUCGUCAUACUUGCGCCACCGACAUACAAAUAGUGGGCAAUCAUCCGCUCUAGCACCUUCACCGCUGUCUCUUUCGUUCCAAGUCGGCACUGCGCCGGCUGGUUCGGUCUUACAAUCGUCAUACAGGCGAGGAGGUCUUAGCGCUAUGAGUGAUCGAAGAGCAAUAAGUGUAGAAAGGCCAUUACGGCGGGCAUUCGAACCAUUGACACCGGAGACGGAUGGCAGGCCACUGUCUCCUACCGACUCACUGAAUCCCUCAGAGACGAAGUGGUCGUCAUUCGCACAGUCGCACUAUGCAUCAUCUCAUCAUAGCUUUGAGAUAGAUGAUCGCGGUCGCGGAAAUGACGGUCUGUUGUCCCCUGAACGGACGCGGGCGCAGAAAUCUUUGCUGCUGCUUACGCGCUCGCGAGGAGUGCAAACAGAUGGUACAACCGAUACAGGCAAUCUCCGUGCAUCUUCCCGCCCUCCUUCCUUCGGAGAUCAGCUGUCGUCCAGCACGCCGAACGACGGGCGGUCGGAAUCGUCUUCUCUCGCAGACUUGCAAGCUGGCUCCAUUAACGCCCUCAUCGAGCGGGUCACCAUGCUACUCAACCGCAUCACGCAAGCAGAUGCGCUGACCCUAACGAACAGGUUGAAGCGACAACGCCUCUUGGGUGCAGACGUCAGUCAUCUCUCGCGCACGACCGUCAGCAGCAUCCUGAAGGAAGCGUCGACCAUGCGAACACACUUUCGCGCACUCCUGGAAGACGAGAAAGCGAUGAUGGCGUGCACGCGCACGGACCUCCGUGCUCUCUUCAAGCUCUUCAAGGACAUGUUCUCAGAGAUGGGUCAGAUGCGCAUCACCCUUAACGAUGUGAUCCUUGAUCCAUCGGUGGCGGCGAAGGUUAGCGACCUGGCGAUGCAUCCCGAGAAGGCCGCGGCAGCGCAGGCCGGCAAUGACGCGCUUGGGAGCAGUACGUCUUCGAGUUGGAUCGCCCCAAUCACCAAGCUUCUUGGCCUCCCAGGAGGGAGCGCCAGUGCAAGCGCUAACGAAUCUCCUGCUAAUCGCGCAUCAAUGUCACCGCCUCUCCGGCCACUAGCGCCCAGACGCAUGCCGUCACGCAUCGUGCCGAAACGAGAGGCCGCGCUGUCUGCGUCGUCUAUGACGGUGAAUGUCGAGUUCAGCGGGACAGCUGCGGGGCGCUCCGUGACGAGCACGUACCACCGGCAUCCGCAGCGGCAGAACAGCAUCAGUGCCGCGAUGGAGGACGUGUUGAGCCAGCCUGCGCCAUCGCAGCAGGUCUCGAGGAAUCUUAUGAAUAUAUUCGCGGGGGCGCCGCGCGCGGAGGAUGGUGUGGACCCGUGGAUCGUCGUGCCGAAGCCACAGAGGCCGCCUCCUGCCACGACGGCGACGAUAGGUCGGGCGGGGAUGAGGAAACCGGGCCAUACGUUAUCGCGGACUGUGGAUGCGAUGAUCGACCGGGAGGAGCAAGAUGGGGUGCAGGCGACGUUGUUGGACCGUACACUGAGCCGUCGUGGGCUGUCGGACUCGUCGAUUCACACGACGUUCCUCAAUCACGGGGAGCCUGACGAGCAGGUGGUUCCUAGCGGGAGCCCGGUUGUCAAAGGCCCGUCUGCCGUGCCGGAUCGCGCAUCGGUGCUGCAGACACUCAGCAGGAAAGUGCAGGCGUUCCGCGGCGAGAGUGGUGUGCCCGAGUUGAGGCCGGACACGCCUGUGGGGAGGAGGACUCUGCCUGCGGAUGGGCGGCGGACACCGACGCUGCACCGGUCGUCGCCGAGAGCGAUGGCGCAGGGCAAUGCGAGGCUUUUCUCGGGGCUGGCGUGGGCGGCGUCGGCGCUGGAAGAGGCAGGCGCGCCGUCGUCGUAUAUGGCGGGCAGCCCGCGCGAGGAGGGGUUCCUGCACCGGCCGUUCUAGCGCAAGACGCACUCGGUGCUGCUGGUGAGACGGUUUGACGAUCAUACAUCUAUAGCUAUUGCUGCACCUGAGCAUAGACUCGGCACAUUCAUUCCUUGCAUAAUAUUGACGACACGCUCCUUACAUUUAUAUCACAAGACUCUAAGGAUGGUUGCGGGCUGAUCUAUUAGAGUAGAGCUUAUUUAUUACGCACGGGGACUAGUUGACUGCAUUGUACAUUACGCAUCAUACGUUUCAGAUGUCGAAGUGGAUUUGCGCGGUAUUGCGCAGUCUGACGGGCGGCGGCGGCGGAAAGUACGGAUGUGGCGUUAUAUACUCAGUGCGUCUUAGC